CUCCCGCCCGCCUUCCUCUGGUUGUCAGCGACGAACCUGAUUGGCCGAGGCCUUGCAAAGAGUGCCCGGGGAUCCAAAAGUACAGGCCGCAUUUAGCUUACUGUCGAAAAAUAAACCAAAACACUAACAGACUAAAUCAAGAAAGGAUAAAAAUCAGCGAUAUAUUUGAAGGAGUUCAUAAGCAGUACUACUUCCCAGCUUGUUGAACGGUGCAUCUGAGCCUACCAGCAGCUGACUAUCCAUCCUAAUGGAAGAAGGGAUUAGGGACAGAACCUUGUUGCUAUUUUAGUCUUUGCAUCAAAUGUGAAGCCUUCUUUAGACGCUAAAGAUGGACCAUGGUGGAGGGGUCUUGGAGCUGCACACCCAGGAGUUGAAGAUGCCCCAUACGAUGAUAAUGCAGGAUUUUGUAGCAGGGAUGGGAGGCUUGGCUCACAUUGACGGGGAGCACAUCAUAGUGUCUGUGCCCGAGGGCAUGCUGCUGUCUGACGUGAUGACUGAUGAAGGUAUCCUUCUUGAGCAUGGCCUAGAGGUGGGGGGUGUACAGACGGAAGUGGAAGUUGAUGGCUUGGAGGCACAUGUGGUCGAUGGCCUGGAAGAGGAAGUGGAGGGCUUAGAUGCCGAGGUGGUGGAAGGCCUUGGAACAGAGGUAGUGGAGCUUGAGGCACAAGUGGUGGAUGGCUUGGAGGAGGAGUUGGAAGUGGAGGAAGAGGGUUUGGAGGCAGAGUUUAUAGAAAGCCUGGAAGCAGAGGUAGAGGUUGAAGGCCUUCAGACGGAGGUGGAAGAAGAGGAGCAGGACCUUGACCAGGAGGACAUAUCUUCGGAUGGAGUGAUGAUGCCAGAGUCCAUCCUGGGGUCAGAGGUUGCGAUAGAGGAUGCCCUUGACUCUCACCACCACGUCCUGACCUCUGAACUUGUCCAUCACCAUGACAACAUGCCAGACCAAGUGUUUGUGGCAGAACUGCUGUCAGAGCACCAGCAGGGGGUGCUAGAUCAGGAACUGGCUGAAGAAGAGGUGCUAGGGGAAGAGGAGGAUGAGGCCCAGGAUCGGGAGGAGCUGGGUGGGGAGACUGUGGCUCUACAGACAGACGAGGAAGAGGAGGAUGUCAGGAGCAACUCCGAGGACUACCUCAUGAUCUCCUUGGAUGAUGUGGGGGAGAAGCUAGACAUCGGAGACACUCCUUUAGAGAUCAGAACGGAAGGGAUAGAGGAUGAACAGAACAAGCAGGAUGGAUCUGAGGUCAUCAAGGUCUACAUCUUCAAAGCCGAGGCCGAUGACGACGUGGAGAUAGGAGGCACAGAGGUUGUGUCAGAGUGUGACUUCCAAAACGGCCAUGCAGUGCUGGAGUCUGGGUCUGGGGCUCGGCUGGGGCGAGAGAAGAUGGUCUACAUGGCUGUCAAAGACCCUGCCCAGGGAGAUGAGGAGGAACUCAACGUAUCGGACAUGGCUGAGCAGGUGUACAUGGAGGUUAUAGUAGGAGAGGAUGAGUCAGCUGCCAACCAGGACUCCCACUUGGAUGAAUCCCCCAACAACAAGAUGUUCGUCCCCGUGUCCUGGGCUGCUGCCUGUGGGGUAACAGGUGUAGGAAACAACCCAGACGCCCUGAAGAACGGCGCAGCCACACCCUACCUCCAGAUCAGAGAGAGUCUUGCGGCCAACCGUAUGCUCAAACAAAAGACCAAGAAGAAGAAGAAAGGGGAGGCUCGACAAUUCCAGACCGCAGUGAUCAUUGGUCCCGACGGCCUGCCUCUCACCGUCUACCCCUGCCACGUUUGCGGCAAGAAGUUCCGCUCACGAGGCUUCCUCAAGUGCCACAUGAAAAACCACCCAGACCAUCUGCUCAAGAAGAAAUACCAGUGUACUGACUGCGAUUUCACCACCAACAAGAAGGUCAACUUCCACAACCACCUGGAGAGCCACAAAUUGCUGAUCCAUCGAGGUGGUGGCAGCGGUGGAGGUGGAGGCGAGCGUGGCGACCGCAGCCCUGAGUAUACAGAGUACACACGGCGCUACCAUGAGGCAAGUCCUUUAGGAUCUAACAAGCUCAUCCUGAGAGAUAAGGAACCCAAACUCCACCACUGUAAAUACUGUGACUAUGAGACCGCCGAGCAGGGCCUGCUCAACCGCCACUUGUUGGCCGUGCACAGCAAGAACUUUGCACACGUGUGCGUGGAGUGCGCCAAGGGCUUCCGACAUCCAUCAGAGCUAAAGAAGCACAUGCGCACGCACACAGGAGAGAAGCCCUACCACUGCCCGCACUGUGAAUUCCGGUGCGCUGACCAGUCCAACUUAAAGACUCACAUUAAGAGCAAGCAUGGGGCAGACCUCCCCUACAAGUGCAGCCAUUGCCCUCAGGCCUAUGCCGACGAGCUGGAGCUGCAGCGACACAUGGAGGUGGUACAAGGCCACAAGACCCACCAGUGUCCACACUGCGAGCACAAGAGCACCAACUCCUCUGACCUCAAACGCCACAUCAUCUCAGUGCACACCAAGGACUUCCCCCACCAGUGUGAUGUUUGCGAGAAGGGCUUCCACAGGCCCUCCGAGCUCAAGAAGCAUGCCGAGUCCCACAAGGGCAACAAGGUGCACCAGUGUCGGCACUGCAACUUCACCACCUCCGACCCCUUCACCCUGAGCCGGCACAUCUUGUCAGUGCACACAAAGGACCUCCCCUUCAAGUGUAAGCGCUGCAGGCGUGGUUUCAGACAGCCAGUGGAGUUGAAGAAGCACAUGAAGACUCACAGUGGCAGGAAGGUGUAUCAGUGCCAGUAUUGCGAGUACAACAGCACGGACGCCUCGGGGUUCAAACGUCACGUCAUCUCCAUCCACACCAAGGAGUACCCCCACCGCUGUGACUACUGUCUCAAGGGGUUUAGGCGGCCCUCUGAGAAAAGCCAACACAUAGCUCGCCACCACAAGGACAUGCUGAUGUAGACCUGGGAAGGAGACCACAGGCCAGAAGCUCACGUAGACGCUCCUCUCUAUUGUCGAUCUGCUU